UCCUGCUCCGGGCCCGUCCGUCCAUCCGUCUCUCCCCGGCGGCGCUUCUCCCGGGAAGUCGCAAGAUGUGACGGCGGCGGCGGCGGCGGCGGCGGCGAGGAGCGCUUUGCUUUGUUUGGCGGGGUCCGCACCCUGUGGGCGGAACAUGCUUGAAACCUCUGCUGGUGAGACACCAACUGAUGCCCUUCUCACCUCUUCCAUUGCCUUCCUCUGCAUGGCUCGCUCCUGGACAACCAGAGCUGUUGCAGCAGUUGUUGCAAGAGUGGGUGGCUGGGAACGAAUCAAACUUCUGCCCAAACCAGCGACUACCCACAAGUCACGAUGGCAACCAAGCAACCUCCCCCUCUGAUGAAGAAGCACAGCCAGACAGACCUCGUGAGCCGACUGAAGACACGGAAGAUCCUAGGCGUUGGCGGGGAGGAUGAUGAUGGUGAAGUUCAUAGAUCAAAGAUCAGUCAAGUCCUAGGCAAUGAAAUUAAAUUUGCUGUGAGGGAACCUUUGGGACUCAGGGUUUGGCAAUUUAUAUCGGCCAUCAUUUUUUCUGGGGUUGCCAUCAUGGCCCUCAUCUUUCCUGAGCAGCUCUACGAUGCUGUCUUCGAAGAAGAAUCAGUUAACAGUAAGAUGCCAGUUCGUCUGUAUGGAGGAGCCUUGCUUAGUAUCUCCCUCAUCAUGUGGAAUGUUUUGUACACAGUUGAGAAGGCCAUCAUCCGUUGGACCCUGUUGUCAGAAGCAUGUUACUUUGGUGUACAGUUCUUGGUUACUACAAUCACACUGAUUGAAAGUGGCCGAGCAUCCACAGGAGCGAUCCUCCUCCUCACCAGCCGGGUCAUCUUUGUACUUAUCAGCCUUUAUUAUUAUUAUCAAGUUGGACGCAGGCCCAAGAAAAUCUAAUCUCAAAGACUUCUGGGAUGUGGGCGGGGCAUGGGUAAAGGGGCUUGUCAUCACUUUUACAUUCUUUUUUUGGUACAUUUUUAUGUUUUGUCUUUCAAAUUGGACUUUCGUAUGGCAUGCCUCGAUGUAUACAUCCAGAACUAGUGUUUACUGCUACCACCAGAGAUGAAAGAGGAGAGAUCAAAGCCAGUCUGGAGACUGAUGGAAGGCUAAAGUAGGCAAGAAAAGACACUGUGGGGCUAUCAAGGGCUAAUCAGAUCUAGUGGUUGUGGGGGGAUUCGUUUUACAGAGAAAAGUGGCACAUGAACAAAGUGCAGGAGCAUGUGAAAAUGGAGUAGUCUAUCAAAGUUGGAUUCAAAGCACAAAGGCUGCCAAAUAACCCUUGUGAAUGCUGAACUGGCGGACAGCCGUGGCCUGCAGACUGAAAGCUGUGCUGACAGCCCUGAAAGAAGUGUCUUUCCCCAGAGAGAGCAAAGGAGAAUUUUUUAAGGUGGCCAGAUGAAAAUAUCUGGACCACCUUCUCCUACAUGGACCAGUCCUUGUUCUGUACUUCCUGAGGGCUGCUUGUACUGGUUAAUUUUUUCAGGUACCAGGCAUUAAAGAAUUCCCCACUCCAUCUCAUGAUUCCAGAUAUAACAUAAGGAAAGGGGAAACAUGAGAGAGACCAAGAAAGAAAUCAUCUAUUCACACCAAUCAUUAACACUAAUGUGUGAAUACAGGAUAUUAGAGAUUGCUGCCCUUCAUUCCCUUAUACAGCAAUGGAAAAUACAUUUUUAUCUGUUUUGAAACACAAUUAUAGUUAAGAAGCCAAGGAAAUUUCAGGAAUGUGCUACUGUGAACAGUGGUCAUAUGUAUUCCCUAGGCUAAUUUAGUGCAUACACUGCAGUGAUGUUUGCAUUGGCCCUUUGGGUUUAGUGAUUGGUUCAGUCUUCUAUGAGAAGAAAUAUUUGACUUACCUGUAAGAUAGUACUUUCCAUUAUGAAGGGAUAAUCAUAUUUAUGUAGGUUGCUACCAUUUACUCCAAUGGGCAGGAAAUCCUUUUCUGAGAGUAUCCACUAUGGAGAGCAUAUGGAGAGCAAAUUGGACUUUCUUAUGGCAUGCUUCAAUGUAUAUAUCCAGAACUGGUGUUUACAGUCCAAUCAAUAUUUCAGCUUCUAUUUUAGUGAGUUUUUCAGAAUAUGACAUUUUGUCAGUUGCUGCUAUCCUAAUCCUCCUCCUUUAUUGCCCCAAAAGCCUGUAAAGUUUAGUGACAAGGAAACCAGUUUGGGAGGCCCUUCCCUUUCCUGACUGUGUAUAUGAAAUACUUCCCGAACACCAGCCUCUGACCCCCAGGGUUGGCAGGACAUUUGGCUCAUCACCACUGGAAAUGACUCAUCUUGCACAUAAGAAAAAUGUUUAUUUUCCCAACAAUGAAAAGAGGAGCAUCCUUCUGUGGGACUUGUCAGGUGGAUAGACUAAAGGCUGUGACCUAUUAUGACUUCACUAUUUGCUAUCCAAGGAAAAAGCAUUCACUUUCCACUGUGUUGGGGCAGGUUAGGAUCUUGAAAAUUCAGAUAGGCUGAGUCCUAAAGUCUUAACUGACCUUCCCAAUAAGAUAUUAAAGUUUUCAGGCUGGAACAGUCUGAUGUACUACUAGAGUGUCAUCAAAAAUGAGCCUCUAUACUUGGCUCAUUUUGGGAUGGGUGUUGGCAUCGCUCCCUCACCCACAGACACCAGAGUAUCCCCUCAGUCUAAUUCUGCUCAAAAGAACUGACAGAGAAGCUUUAGUGCUUCCCUACUCACUAAUUCCUAAUGCCCAUGUGGCUUCCUGACACUCACAAGGGGUGGGGGAGGAGAGAGAUGUAUAUGUUAAGGAAAGUUUAGAAGUUGAAGAGUAAGACAGAUGGGAUAGGAUAAGCUAUGGAAAGGAGUUAGGUUUUUAAAAAGUGAAAGGAAGGUUAGGAAAAUAAAGAUGAGUCAAGUGGAAUUGCAUCCUUAUAUUUCCUAACUGGAACUCUCAGAAAAGAUUUUUGUGUACCUCCCUUUUGGUGUUAAUGGGAGCACCAACUCAUAUGUGGAUCAUCCUCACUUCACUGCUGGUAAAUGGAAGUGUUCUUGAAAGCAAAUGAAUAUACGUUAGAUUCUCAGAAAUUGGAAAAGUUAAUUUUUGAACUAUAACUGCAAUAUACUCCAGCACGAAAACUGAUUUUUCUAGGCUCUGUUGAUUUCUGUGUUAUGUCAUUAGAUUGUUGGAAUGCUCCCUCAGCAGGAAUGCUGUCUUCCAUUAGUUGUAUUGCGUGACUGAAUGCAUCCUCUUUUAAACUUUAGCUUGAGAAAAAGGAUUGCAUAAGGAUUUCUUGCUCUCCACCUCACUUUUGCUCCUGUGUGGACAGGAAGGCCAUACAAUCCCCUGCUCAGAUUAGCUGUGCUGAGUAGGAAGAGUCAUUCAGCCAAGCGAUCUGUGUGCUCUUCCCGUGUUUGUCCAUUUUGAAUAGCAUCCCAAACCUUUGUGAUUAUCAUUGUUUAUUAUUUUUUAUAAUUCUGUCACUUAACCAAAAUAGAUCGGGAUUAGCAUAUUAAAAUUUCCAAUGAUACCUA